AUGGCCGACUCUCCGCGAGGAGUCGAUCAUAUCGACUCCAUGAACUCUGACGACAGCGGCCCGAAGCAGCCGGAGAAGAAGAAGAGCCGUCGUCCCGCGAAUACUGCCUUUCGACAGCAGCGAUUGAAGGCCUGGCAGCCUAUUCUCACGCCCAAGACCGUUUUGCCCCUAUUCUUUGCCAUCGGCAUCAUUUUCGCACCUAUCGGCGGUCUCCUUUACUGGGCCAGCUCCAAAGUGCAAGAAAUCCGCAUUGACUAUACCGACUGUACUGAAAAUAACGUACCCAGCUACACUGAAGAACAAGAGGACUGGCUUACUCUGGAUCACUCGAAAGUACACACCUCCUUCGACAAGACGGCGGUUGAUGCACGGGUACAGGUUGACAGAGGCAUCUCCAACGUCACCCUUGAUAAUGGCUACCAGGUAUCCGGUGUCGACCGCUGCUAUGUGAGAUUCAACGUUCCCCAGGAAAUGGGCUCGCCGGUUUUCUUCUACUACCACUUGACCAACUUUUACCAAAACCAUCGCCGAUACGUCGAAUCCUUCGAUACAGACCAGCUCAAGGGCAAGAACCGAGCCACCAGCGCGAUCAAAGGGUCAAAAUGCAAGCCUCUUGAUGUGGAUGGAGACAAGCCUUACUUCCCAUGUGGUCUUAUUGCCAACUCCCUGUUUAACGAUACUUUCAGUCAGCCACAGAGGCUUGUGAACAGCACCAAGGAAACAUAUGCGAUGUCCAAAGAUGGCAUUGCCUGGGCUAGUGAUGCGGACCUGUACAAGAACACAUCAUACGGACCUGACGAUGUCCUCCCUCCGCCAAACUGGCAAAAGAGGUACCCUGAUGGGAAGUAUUCUCAAGAAUAUCCACCUCCUGACCUGAGCACCAAUCAGGCGUUCCAGGUGUGGAUGCGAACGGCUGGUCUCCCAACCUUUAGCAAGCUGUACCAGAAGAACGACAACACGGCCUUAGAAGCGGGCGAGUACGAAGUCGUAAUUGAUUACUUUUUCCCUACAAAGAAAUAUGAGGGCACCAAGUCCAUUCUUAUCAGCACUCGCACCGUCAUGGGAGGCCGAAAUCCAUUUCUCGGUAUUGCGUACAUUGCUGUUGGCGGAGUUUGCAUCAUUCUAGGUGUAAUCUUCACAGCCACUCAUUUGAUCCGACCAAGGAAACUUGGUGACCACACCUAUCUCUCAUGGAACAAUGCCCCUUCGUCCAAGCAGCAACAACCAGCAUCUAGCGCCGCUAUGGCUACUGGUCGUGACUAUGCUUAG